AUGGGUCUGGGUGUGCUUGAGGCGAACACCACUGCGCACGUUCCAGGAACAGUCCUCCUCGACCAGCGAGCUGCCCACUCAGAACAGCAGACGGGUCGUUUGAAGCAUGGAACAGGGAAGAAUGCGCACAUUGUUCUCGCGCCGCAGCCAUCUGAGGAUCCGAACGACCCGCUGAACUGGUCAUCCUUCAAGAAGCAUAUUGUGUUGACCAUCAUCUUCUUUGGGGUGAUUAUACACGGUGUAGUGCCGGGACCAAUUCUCAAUGCUGGCAUCAUUCAAAUCUCACUAGACCUCAAGCGCUCCCCGACUGAUGUCGCCAAACUCUCGGGAUAUUCUCUUCUCGCGACGGGGGCCAUGGGGCCUUUUGCCUCUGCCUUGGGUCGAAAGUACGGUAAACGACCCAUGUACGUCUUCUCAUCCUUGAUCGGCACCAUUGGAAUCAUCGUCUCGGAAGUGGCCUCGGGUUACAAUACGCUCCUUUCUGGCCGGGUCCUCCAAGGAAUAGGCAUCGCCGCAUACGAGUCCCUUGCUGUGGCGUCCAUCGGGGACAUGUUCUUUGUCCACGAGAGAGGUCCCAGAGUUGCCGUUAUCAUUUUCCUGUUGGCGGCGAUUUCUAACGGAAUUUCCAUCAUUGCUGGUGUCAUCACGGAUCACCUUGGCUGGCAUUACAACUUCCACAUCUACAUACCUUUUGCGGCAAUCCAAACCAUCUUUGUCAUUCUUUACUGUCCCGAGACAAUGUAUCGGCGCAAGGCCAUAUACGAAAUCGACACGGCCGGCUCUGAGGAAAACCUGGAAAAGCUGGCAAGUGUGGAAUCGCGAGCUGCACAUCACUUGGAGGACCCUACCAAAGCACCCGCCACAGGUACAAAUACUGAUCUGGAAAAGACAACGACAAACACUACACAGACAUCUGUGGAUUCCAUACCGCCGCCAAAGUCGUUCGUCCAGCAACUCGCUCUCUACAACGGCACGUUUGUGGACGAUUCCGUCAUCAAGAUGGCCAUUGCCUCUGUCGCGAUACUUCUCAACCUGGGAGCUCUGUACCAGGUCUUGAUGACAGGAGUCAUUAUUGCUUGGUAUGUGGCCGUGGCAAUUCUCUCGGGUGUCAUCUUCGCCUCGCCCCCUUACCUGAUGUCCUCGGCCUCUGUUGGGUACAUGUCGGCAGGACCCUUCAUUGGCGGGCUACUGGGUGCCAUCUUCUCAUUUGUGGUCUCGGAGCCGCUGGUCAAGACCAUGUCACGCCGCAACAACGGCGUCUAUGAGCCGGAAUUUGCGCUCCUCCCCGUGAGUCUGGGCGGUGUAUGCUCUGUGGCUGGGCUCGUGGGAUGGGCCUAUGCGGUCAAGAACUUUGAGAACAUUUACCUGAUCUGCUUCAUUUGGGGAGUGAUUCUGUUUGGGAUGACCAUAAUUGCCAGUUUCGCGACGCAGUGGGCACUCGACGCGUACCGCCAGAACAGCACCGAGCUGUUUAUCAUGAACAUGGUUUUCAAAAACUUUUUCUUCUACGGGCUGACAAACUAUGUCAUUGACUGGUACAUGGAACACGGGGCGGUCGAGAUGGCCGGGACCAUGGCCGGGAUUACUGGAUUCCUGUGCCUCCUCGGGGUGCCCAUGUACGUGUAUGGCAAGAAGUAUCGAUAUUUCUGGCACAAGCACAAUGCGCUCAAGUGGUUGCACUUGGAGACGGACCAUGCCGGGGCAGAAGGGGGAAUGUGA